AUGAAAAUCCAACCCCAUUCAGCGCGCGUUGAUUGUGUGCUGAAGAGUGUUGAAAAGGUGUUGCGAGAUGUGGUGAAGGUGUCGGAAUGCCUAUUGGGGUGGGACAAUCUGCCGAAGACGAACUUCUCGUGCCAGGGAAAGGUGAUCGGGGGUUAUUAUGCAGAUGUGGAGACCAACUGCCAAAUGUUCCACGUCUGCACCCUCGGGCAGGAAGGGGAGGUGCGGGACAUGAAGUUCCUCUGCCUCAACGGGACGAUCUUCGACCAAGAGACGAGAGUGUGCGAGAGGAUCGACGAAGUGGAUUGCUCCAUGGCCAUUCAAUUCUAUCACCUCAACCUGGAACUCUACCGUCCGCUCGAUUACGACUACUACUACUACGACAGCAGUCCGGGCGUGACGACGGGAGAGGGAUCGGCGAGCGAGGAGAGGCCGCGAUACUUGGACAAUCCGUACGUGAUUCGAACCGAACCGGAGGUCAAACCCGAAGAGCCCCAAGUCCCUCGAAUCCCUUUCAGUAACCCCAACGACACGUGGAUAACGGUGACGAAUGGGAAACCCUUCCUGCCGCGCCUGAAGCGACAAGCCUCUUCACUCCCUGUGUCGGAGGGAGCGACGGACUACACGGAGUUCUGGGCAACGACCCGAGAUUUUGGGAAAAAGGAAAGCUCAGAGAGCAGUGAAAAGACAACGACGACCCCGUCGCCGCCUCGCGACGACGAGGAAGAGGGAGCCGGGAACGAGAGAGAGGGAAUUCCGUCGAGGGGAUCGAGAAGGGGCCGAAGACGUCGACUGAGACCACGUUUGAAGGGAAAACGUCGACGCCCAUUGAAACCUCUCCUUUCCACGGAAGACGACGCAACUCCCUCGCCUCCUUCAGAAGGGGACGAUGUGUUCGUCCCAACAGUCACACCUUCCACGACGGAAGCUCGGGACAAGGACGAGGGAGAUUCCGUUUCCGCAGCCGGUCCAGCCCUCCCAAGAGAACAAUCGAAGCCUCAAGAUGCAGGAGCCAAGAAUUUCCGACGACCUCUUCGACGUCGUCUGUUCGUCCCUCGAAGGGCGUCUUCAUCGACUACUGCCCUUCCCGAAACGACGACGGUGGAUUCUUCGGCGGGGGCUCCGAAUCCGUCCCCUUCGACCACCACGACGUCUACGACAUCGAUCGCAACGAUUUCGACCACGACUUCGCCUGCGACGACUUCUUCCAUCGACGUUGCGGUGUCGCCAACGGAUGACGAUGGAGGGCCCUCCUUCCUCAAAGUGGAGAACCUGGAAGAGAAGUUGAAAAAAUUCAGGGAGAAACAGCGAGGAAAGAAGAAUCCUGUAAGGGAUAAGGUAAAGACCGUCCUCUUGGCCCUCGGUGUUAAACCCUUGGAACAGGAGGAUUUCAAGGUAGGCAAACGGGAUCGCUCGGAGAUCCCUCAACCUCGUCGGGUCGAUGAUGGUGUCGGCGGUGGUGACGGGGACGAUCCCGGGAAAACGCGGAAGAAGAUCUUGAUUGGCAAACGGGUGAAGAUUUUUUCGACAACAACCACUGCCACCACCCUCACCACCACCGCCACCUCCACACCUUCACCUGCAGUCGAAACCACGGCAACAACCGUUGGGUUGUUUCAUGGGCAAGCAUUCGCGCCGACUCCGAGCCCAUUCGGUGGGGAAGCCUCCACCACCACGACGACAGCGUCGCCAUCUUCGUCCUCCACGACCGUCUUCGCUCCGAGGCUCAAUCCAGCCAUAUUUCAAAAUUAUAAUUUUCCGAAGAUCGACAGGCUGGACCUAACGACGGCCGAGACGCCGACGACGGAAAGCUUCGUAGAGACGGUUGGAUCGACGUCCGGUUCUCGAUUUGCAUCCAACCACUCUCCGGCCGACCUGGAUCCUUCCAUCUUCGGCGUCCAUCACUCCAAGACGAGAGGUAGGGGAGUGGAAGUCGUCCCUGAGACGACCGACGGAAGACCAAUUACAAGAGGGAGGAAAGUGGAUGUCGUCCCGGAGACGAGCGACGGAAGACCGAUUGCAAGAGGGAGGAAAGUGGAUGUCGUCCCGGAGACGAGCGAUGGGAAACCGAAUGCGAGAGUCGGGGGAGUGAACUUCCUCCCGGAGACGAGCGAUGGAAGACCGAACGAAGAACCUGCAAAGGGGGAGGAAGGCCCAGUCGAUGGUGUGGUGAGACGGGGAGGGGUCAGAAGCCCAUUUUCCCGCUUCCGAGGCCCGACUCGUCCCACCAGCGAAUCCCCGAAAGCGGACGUGGAACUUUCGGAACAAUUUUGGACGACGAGGAAACCGACCUCGAAUCGCCCCGAAUUCACCUCCACGACGACGAUAUCGACGGUAGCCCCACGAGCGAGAACGAGGACGACGACAGUGAGAACGACGUCGACGGCUAGCCCUUUUUUCACGACGGCGAGCCCUAUUCUCACGACCCCGAGCCCUUUUUUCACGACGCCGGGCUCCAAUUUCACCGAGACGCUCACCUUCAGGUCCGGAGAGGGAGAGUUCCCGUUCUCCGGCGACAGACCGGCGGAUAUCAGUCCAGAUAUUUUCGACACCUUCCGGCACGAGAAGAAAGGGAUCUGGAACAGCCAGACCCCAGGUCCGCCGUUGCAGAAUGCUUUCCCAGGAUUCCCACCGACGGAAGAAGAACAGCACCGUCUUGCUGUCCCGAUUCCAUCUCGGGAAGCCGACUUCGCCUUCCUCGAUCGCAACGAAGGAGGAUUCGGGAAGAAGAACCCCAUCCCCUCCGUCCCAUUCACCCCAUCAAUUUCCCCCAUUCCCUCCAUUUCCCCUAUCCCUUCCGUUCCCCCUAUCCCCUCAGUUGUCUCCUUCCCCUCCUUCCCUUUCAUCCCGUCCACCCAAUCCCCCCCGGUGACCUCAGAUUUCCUCUUCCCAGGGACGUUUAAUUUCUUGGAUCAAGGAAAUCUGCCUACGACGCAGAGAGCGCCUACGUCAGACGGUGGCGCUUUUCAGAACGAGCCGCAAAGGACGGUGCUGGGAUCCAGGUGGAAUCGACCCAAAACGAAUUCCAAUCCGAGGAAGAGUGACGCGGAGAAUGCGCUUCCCACCCCGUCGUUUCAGCCUGUGAACCAACGAUUUUCGUCGGAAAAACCCCAAGUCGAUCGAGAGUUCCCAGCGAGGAACUCGUUUCCCACGAGUGUGCCUUCGUUCGGACCGGCGAUAAAUCGGCAGCAAGACGUCUCGCAAGUGGGGCCCGGGAGCCAUUCCGGAUCGGGAGGCGGCGUCCGAGGGACCGAAGGUUUCGUCCGCUUCGGCCCACCGGUCGGGAACCCUCCGUUCCCGACGGCUUCGUUCCAAAGAGUCGCCGAAACCACGGAGACGACGACGACGACGAGAGGAAGACCCGCCUUGCAGUCGAACCCCGUGGUACCGACGGCGAGGAAAGUCCCCGACGGAGGAGAUGGAGCGAUAACGGCGGCAGGGGAGGAAAGGAAGCCAUACCCGACCUAUAGUCUCGAUCUACUCCCCGAUACGUCUUUUACGUGUCUGGGGAAGGAGAUCGGCAAGUAUCACGCGGAUCUGGAAGCCAGAUGCCAGAUGUAUCACAUCUGCACCCGGAGCGGACUGAGGGGACCCAUCCUCGACUACCGGUUUCUCACUCUUUCAAAUCCGAUUCGCAUUCUCCCCAUUUGCCACGUCUCCUCGAACGAGGUUUUCUCUCUUUCUCCUUCGAGGUUCCUGUGUCCCAACGGGACCGUGUUCAACGACCUCAUCUCGGGAUGCGACGCGUGGGAACGAGUGGAUUGCGGAGGGAGCCUCAGCAUCUAUUCCCUUCUCGACGACUUCUACCGACCCGAACGCGUCCCGCAGGAGGUGGAAUUUCUGCAAGCCUGA